GCCGGGCGGGGCGAGCCGGGAAGCGAAAGAGGCGAAGGGGAAGUUUUUGCGAGCGCGGCCCGGCCCGGCCAUGGCUUCGGAGGCGGGGGGUCCCUCCGCCGGCUGCCGCCCCGUCCCCUCGCCUCCCGACCUGCACGCCGUGCCCCUGGUCGCGCUGAAUUACGGCGUCCGGCGCCGCCUCGGCCUCUACCUGAACCCGCGGGCGGCGGCGGCCGCCGACUGGACGGUGCUGGCGGAGGAGCUGGGCUGCGAGUACCUGGAGAUCCGGCGGCUGGAGGGGCUGCCCGACCCCACCACCGCCCUGCUGGAGGACUGGCAGGGCCGCUGUCCCGCCGGGGCCACCGUCGGACGCCUGAUCGACCUCCUGCGCUCCCUGGGCCGCCACGACGUGCUCCUCGACCUGGCCGGCAGCGUGGAGGAGGACUGCAAGAAGUACCUGCAGAGGAAGCAGGAGCAGGCCAACCAGCCGCUCCAGGUGCCAGCAGUGGACAGCAGCGUGCCCAAGACCUUGGAGCUGAUGGGCAUCACCACCCGGGAUGAUCCGUAUGGCAACGGAACAGAGUUGUUUGAUGCCUUCAUCUGCUACUGUCAGAAAGACCUUCAGUUUGUCCAGGAGAUGAUCAGGGAGCUGGAACAAACAGAGUUCAAACUGAAGCUCUGUGUGUUUGAUCGGGAUGUCUUGCCAGGAACGUGUGUGUGGUCCAUCAGUGGAGAACUUAUAGAGAAGAGGUGUCGGAGGAUGGUGGUUGUCAUUUCAGAUGAUUACCUGGAAAGUGAUGAAUGUGAUUUUCAGACCAAAUUUGCUCUUAGUCUUUCCCCAGGUGCUCGUCUCAAGCGGCUGAUUCCAGUCAAGUGCAAAUCCAUGAAGAACGAGUUCCCAAGCAUCUUGAGGUUCAUUACAAUCUGUGAUUACACCAACCCCUGCACCAAGAAGUGGUUCUGGAUGAGACUGGCAAAAUCCCUCAUGCUGCCAUGAUGCCAGGUCAGGAGAGCCAGAUGCUCUCUUGUCAUCUGUCCUGGUGGUGCCUUUGGACUGUGGUGUCGUUCACACAGGGUCUUCUACCCCUUUAGAACCUGGAUCCUUGCAGCUGGUGUUUGGAGCCUGUCACGGGGAGCAAAGGGUUUUCUCUAGCACUUUCUUUUUCACUUGAAAGGGGAAAUAAAACAACUGUGUGGGUGUUGCUGCUUAAGGCAGUGAGCUACAGCAUCCAGCAUUUUGUGUAGUAAGCACUUUCACUGAAAAUACAGCAAAUAUACAUUUAAAGACUGAGUGUCUAAUACAAGAAGGCUCUAUUGUAAGUGUUUGAUAAGACCUCAGAGCCUCAAACUCCAGGCUUUCUGAAAAAAUAUUUUCUAUUAUUUUAAAAGAUGUUCAGUGGCUAUAGUAAUAUCUAGGGUUGAUGCUUUUUUUUAGAAUUUCAGUGAAAUCCUAUGGCUACCUGGAGAGCUGCAGGAACUGAGGUUUUAGACUCUGUUUCCUGCCUUAUGAACAGCCAGUGCCGUGAGAAUGACAUAUUUUGGCAGCCUGGUCAGGGGGUUCCCAGUCAGGGACAAUGUCCCCUGCCCUGUGCUGCAGCCCACGUGUGUGGGCUCUCCUGAGCCACACUUGUUCUGAGGGUAGAGAGUUUCCUUCAGUUUUUGUUUUGAGAAAUGCAGAAGUGUGUAUUAAUUGUCAAAGCACUGCAGAGAAAUGAACAGCUGAUGAUCUCCUGUUCUUGACAAUAUCUGCAGAAUUAGAGCAAUUAUCCUUAUAAUCACAACUAAUGCAGAUUUAUUGAGCUUGGUUUAUUUUCUGUGGAUAUUUUCCUCCUCAAGUUUUAUCACAGUAUUCCUGCCCCGUGUUCCUUUACAGGGUGAAUCCUUUGUCACUGGUGUUUUCUGAGGCAGUCCCUCAGAUUUGCCUUAAGUGGUUAUUUUUCCUCUAGUUGGAAGCAGCAAGUGUAAGGAAAGACACACUCUUGUACCGUGCUGGUCGUGCCUGUCUGUGUUCAGGCCACAUUUGAUUAAGUGCCCUUACACCAGUGUUUUUAUGCCCAGAUCUUAUGAAAUGUUUACAGUAGAGCCUUCUUUUAGUAGAAAUUCAGUCCUAAAAUAGGGAUUUUCAGUGAAAGUCCUUACUGCACAAAGUGCAGGAUGCUGUUGCUCCUUCCCUUAUAGAAUCAUGGAAUGGUUUGGGUUGGAAAGGACCUUAAAGAUCAUCAGGUUCCAACCCCCCAACAUGGUCAGGGACACCUCCCACUAGACCAGGUUGCACAAAGCCUCAUCCAACCUGGCCUUGAACACUUCCAGGGAGAGGGAUUCCACAACCUAGAUCUCAAAUGGUUUCACCUUGAAGUGGCUUCCAAAACACAUCAGCUUUCAGGAGGCCUAAAAGCUACAGGGAUCAAUGUUGAGUGUAUUAAGUUGUCAGUUGGGCUGUUUAAAGACUAAUGUUACAUUAAUAGAAAAGAGCAUAUUUUAGUUAUUAAUCCCCAUGACCAUGAAUGUAUUUAUGUGAGUAAGGCUAGGAGCAACAUGGAUGCUGUUCUGCUUGUUAGACUCAGCCUGGAAUCCUGCAGGAUCACAGUGGAUCUCAUCAGUUCUGGGGUGGGGGGCAAGAGUUCAGCCCAAAGCAGCGUUUCAAAGUGACCUGUUGGUGUAUUAAACAGAUUUGCUCUAAAUAUUGACCUUAUAAAUUGGGAAGUGAAGAAUUUUGCUUGUUUAUCUGCAGCUGCAUGAACUGCCACUUCACUCAUUCCUUCAGCCACUGACUCGUGUUGAUUUUACAGCUUCGUGUUUUACUAGUUUACAUUUUUUAGGUUGCAUCUGGAUGGGAUUGAUUUUUAUUUUUCAUUAAGGAUUUGUUUUAAAGCAUUACCAGGGCUGAGAUACAGACACAAGGGUGCUCUUGCCUUUCCCUCACCCACCCUGUCAGUGAAGGGGCCCUUACCAGGGGUUCUGCCAAGUCCUGUCCCUGCACCACUGCUGGCUCCUCCUGGCUGAGGGUGACCAGCCCUUGACCCACGAGCUGGGUGUUUUUCAGUCCCUCCUACAAAUGGAAGUGCUGCCAUCGUGCCCAGGUGAUGUUUGCACCUUUCUGCCUUACUAGAACAAGUGAGAACUCCAUGGGCAUGGGAGGAGAAACGUUAAGCUGAUGAGGGGUUUCUAACUAGUUCAUCUUCCUGUCCUGCUGCCCUCAGGCCUCUCCUGCAGAAGCAGAGGCAGCUGCUUGCCUGGGGGUUUCUGCAUAAUGGUUAAAUGUUAAUUAUAGAAGGGUUUCUGGAGGCUGCCUCAUCAGCAGGCGCUCCCGGGCCUCGGUGAAUUCUCAUACUCUGUCUAUAAACAUUAAUGAUGGGUCAUUACUCGCAGGACAAAACCAGAUUCCUCUUGUUUCCAGAGCUGGAAGGACUCUGGUAGCUCCUGCGGGAGCAGCUCGGCGGCUGCAGACACUAGAGGGAGGCAAUGGCCCGUGCUGGCACCCUGCGAGGGCUCCUUGGCUGUGCUUCCCCUGCCCCUGGCACCCUCUUCUCAGGCGGCUGUACCAAAAAAAAGCACGAGUCCUGAUGGGUGGUUUGGGGCUGGGAUGUUGGAAAUGAGGAAAAAAACAACAGCAGCAAAAAUAAUGUUUGGAGCGGGUGGUCCUCAAGCAGGGAAGGUGCUGCUUGUGCAAGGAGAGGCAGGAACGAGCUGAAUUUCUGAAUCUGACUUGCAGGAGAGAGAUUAAACAUUCCAGUUAAUUGUGGAAGGUGUCAGUGCUCCAGUGGGUUCUGGUUAUCACCCUGCUCUCUGUGCCCUGGCCUUUUUGUCUGCCUGCUUUGGAUGCUGGGCAAGUGUUCCUGUUGUUGGACUGUUGCUUUAUUGCAAUGAGUUACAAUUUUAUUGUAGGCCAAACUAAUUAUUAUGGGGUGAAGUGAAGUAACAGCCCUAAAAUGUAAAAUAUGUGCUUUACGUAUCCUUUUCUAUAUAAAAAACAGAGCUUAUGCACUUCUGACAUUUUCCUGUCUGUCUUGUCAUGGUGACUUGAUGAAGGGUGACAUCUGUGAAUGACACAAAACCCAGUUGUUGGAAACAUAUUUCAGUGGCAUUUGUGGUUCUCCUCCCCUCUUUCACAUGCAGUGGAAGAUAAAAACUUGGAACACCUUUAAAAAAGGGAUUUAGAAGAUUGUGAUGUUACUUUUUUUUUCCACUUUCCUUCACUGAAAUUGUCAUAGUUUAAUCUGUUGGUACCAAAUCAUUUAUUUUUAUAUAUAGAUGCAUAUAUUCAUAUUACUUCCUAUCCUGGUACAAAUAUUUGGAAAAGCAUGUGUGUUUUAUAACCAUCCUGAAAACUGUAAACCAUUCUGUGGUUUUUUUCCUCCUCAAGAAACCAAACUUUUGCUACUUUUGAAAACAUUUUAGAAUAAAGAAUCAAAACCCA